AUGGCGGCAAAUAAGCCCAAGGGUCAGAAUUCUCUGGCCUUGCACAAAGUUAUCAUGGUGGGCAGUGGUGGUGUGGGGAAGUCCGCUCUGACCCUGCAGUUUAUGUAUGAUGAGUUUGUGGAGGACUAUGAGCCUACCAAAGCAGACAGCUAUCGGAAGAAAGUAGUGCUGGAUGGGGAAGAAGUCCAGAUUGAUAUCUUAGAUACUGCUGGGCAGGAGGACUAUGCUGCAAUUAGAGACAAUUACUUCCGAAGUGGAGAAGGUUUCCUCUGUGUCUUCUCUAUUACAGAAAUGGAAUCCUUUGCAGCCACCGCUGACUUCAGGGAGCAGAUUUUAAGAGUAAAAGAAGAUGAGAAUGUUCCAUUUCUGCUGGUUGGUAACAAAUCAGAUUUAGAGGAUAAAAGGCAGGUUUCUGUGGAAGAGGCAAAAAACAGAGCUGAUCAGUGGAAUGUUAACUAUGUGGAAACAUCUGCUAAGACGAGAGCUAAUGUUGACAAGGUAUUUUUUGAUUUAAUGAGGGAAAUUCGAGCCAGAAAGAUGGAAGACAGCAAAGAAAAGAAUGGAAAAAAGAAGAGGAAAAGUUUAGCCAAGAGAAUCAGAGAAAGAUGCUGUAUUUUAUAA